AUGGACAACGAAGACCAGCUAGACCUCGCUCCCGAGGCUCAAAGGGCAAACACCACAGGGGUCAAGAACGAGGAAGGCGAUGACAACCCGCCUGCCAAUGGGGACCAAGAACAUCUCGCGGUGGUCCUCGAAGAGGAGCGCAGAAAUCCAGACAGUGAUCCGGCCCAGGUCAAUGGCAUACUGAAUCAAGGCUAUCGGCACCUGCUACAAGACCGCGACGAUGCUUCCGAGAGCGGGUCGGCCGACGGGCUACCUCGCCGAGCUGGUAGUCCCAUCGACUCUCUGCUCUCCGUCCCAGACGAUUCUCCUUCAGUCCAGGGCUCGGUUCUGUCCUCGCCAGGGAGCAGUCUUCUCCCGUCGAUAGCCUCACGACCCGGCCUGAACAGCCCCACCCCGUCCUUUAGACCGUUCGAUCGACGAUUCCAAUCAAGGAUACCCUCGUCCUCAAGUCUAUCACCGCGGCCAUCUUCACCUGCGUUCUUGGGUGCUCACAGCCGAAACGUCUCUCUGACGAGUAAUAUACAGCUCGACAGCGCCGAUACGGAGACACCAUCACCACCUUGGGAGGUCGUGCGGUGGACACGACUGAACAAGCUAAAUGGCCAGGCAUUCUCCGAGGCUGGGAAGCGGAGUUUUGGGUCCCCGACAUGCAUCGCCGUAUCCACGUCUAUCGUCAUCGGAACGUCCAAGGGCAUAAUAUUAAUGUUUGAUUACAAUCAGAACCUCAAGACCAUCAUCGGACCUGGGACGAAAGCUGUCGAGUCUGGAGCCAUCACCGCAGUCGCGAUAUCGGCGGACCAAACUGCUAUCGCCGGCGGCCAUGCGAACGGAAAUAUCUUCAUCUGGGACACCAGCCGUGCUUCCCGCCCAUUCCUCGACAUACCCCAUCUCGAGGAUUCUCAACUUGCCAAUCGGACCGUGGAUGGCCAUUUUCCCAAUGUAGCCAUCACCCAUCUUGGGUUCUUGGGUACAAGAAGAACUGCGCUUGUGUCGGCGGACGAUCGUGGCAUGGCAUUCUCCCAUCUCGCGACACGUGGGACAGGUGCGCUGGGAAGAACAGUCAAGACUGUUCGAAUCCUUGGCCGAUACCCCAACGCACCGCCUCCGUCGAGUGGGAAGCCGCUCAAGCCAAGCACAGUUUUGGCCUUCUCGCCGUUACCGCUCGGAAAUGUGGAGUUGAUGACGGACUCCAUGGGACUCACUGCGAUGCUCACGCCAUACUUGUUGGUCAUUGUGUCGACCACACCCAUCGCUCAGACGCAGCACAAAUCUGCGAGGCCCAAGGAUGUGGCCCCCCAUAGUGCUAUGAGUGGCUGUCUGGCAUGGUACCCAGCAGUAAAGCUUAAGGUGCCUGAUCCGCAUACAGGCAGCACAAUGUCAAAGGUCAAGCUUGUGUAUUGCUGGUCCAACAUUCUGACCGUCCUUGACAUUGACGAAAUACCGUCUGAGGACAAGGACAAGCCGCCGACCCUGAAGUUCAGAGCCAGGAGCCGCUGGAAAUGCGAGGAAGCCAUCGUCGCCGUCCAGUGGCUGAGUCGGUCGGUUCUGACCGUCCUGACCAUAACCCAGCGCCUGAUUGUUCUGGAAGAUCGCUCCAUGCGAAUGACUGAGGCCUUUGAUCUCAUUCACAAGCACAUUUAUCAUGCCGACAUCUUCUCGUCGCAACUCCACAACUUGGUCGAGCAGCUUGACGAGGAGGACGUUGCUAUGCAUGGCGUCGUGGCCGAUGCUUUCUACAUGAGCCUGAAGACAUAUAAGGGCCGGAUCUUCCUGAUGGGUUUCAACGACGUCUCGAUAGGAGCUCUCUCCAAUUGGGCAGACCGACUGAUCGCCCUCAUGGAGGAUGGAGACUAUGUCGGUGCCAUUCAACUCGCCACGUCAUACUAUACUGGGGAUGCAAACAAGUUGACCAUCGGUCUCCCCGAGGAUACAGAUAUGCGACAUCAAAUGGUCCUCGACAAACUCAUGGAAAUCAUGAGCGCGUCUCUGAAGUAUGUCUUUGGCCAACGGCAAAAGACUCGACAAAGUGGUGACGACCACCACCUGCGAGAGCUCGCUGAGACGUGCUUCACCGCUUGCCAGAGUGUAGGCGACAUGGAAUUUCUGUUCGACGAGAUGUACGAAUGGUACGAAGACGCGGAUGUUGAAGGCAUCUUUCUUGAAGUGCUGGAGCCGUACAUUCUAGAGAGGGCGAUAACGUCUGUCCCUCCAGCAGCCGUCAAGGCCAUAGUCCUUCAUUUCGUUGGUAGAGGCUGGGAGAGUCGACUGGAAGAUAUGUUGGUGCAUAUGGACACUUCCACACUCGACAUUGACCAGGUUACCCUACUCUGCAAACAACACAGCCUCUACGACGCGCUUAUCUAUGUGUGGAACCAGGCGUUGAGCGACUACAUCACGCCAUUGAUCGACCUGCUGUCCCUCCUUGUUCCUUUCAUGCAAAACGGGGAAUACGUUGCGUCUGGCAGUCUUGAGAACAACGAGAUCUUCAGUGUCAAUGCGCUCAAGAUGUUCCCUUAUCUGUCCUAUACCCUCACGGGGAGGAUAUACCCGACUGGAGACCAGAUGGACGAGUCGAGGGCGUUGCGGGCAAAAGCAGAACUAUACUGGUUCCUGUUCUCUGGACAAAGUAUCACCUGGCCAAAAGGAGGUGAAAGUCCUUUUCUGACUAGACCUUCAGAGGACGUCGAGCCAUCCUUCCCGUACUUGCGCAUGAUUCUCAAGUUUGACGCCCCGAGCUUUCUAAGUACCAUCAAUGAAGCCUUCGAGGACUCAUUCCUGAAUGACUCUCCCGAGAAACAUCUGAACGGGAACAGCACGGUGGAUCUUCCAGAGGAGCAAAUCUUUGGGCGCACGGUUGAUCGACAAUAUGUGGUCUCGAUCCUCCUUGAGAUCAUGAAUUCUGAGGACUUUGCGCCUGAAGAUACGAUCUACCUCGACAUGUUCAUCGCACGAAACCUGCCCAAGUUCCCCCAAUACUUGCUGAUCUCGGGCUCAACGCUGAAUCGAGUGAUUGCCGGCCUGUGCAAUUUCCCGGGCACAGACUUGGCCGAGGAUGCGCAGCUGAGCGCAGAAUAUCUGCUUUCAGUAUAUCAGCCACCGGACAUGGCCUCGAUUAUUCCGUUGUUCAAGCAGGCCCGCUUCUUCCGCAUCCUGAAGCGUACCUACAAGACCGAGGAACAGUACGGCAACUUGAUAGAUGCUUACUUCGAGGACCCAGAUGAUCGCAACGGCGUCUUCGACUGUAUCUCUGAAUGCCUGAGGUCCAACACGUCAUUAUCCAAGAAGAGCAUGGCGGACGUGCUUGUGGCCAUGCGGAGGCACUCAGUUGAGUUGGUCGAGCUGGAUGCCGAGCGCACAGCACAGACAGUUGCUGACUUUGCUCCCGAACUACACCAGCACUUCUUGGAGUCCUUGGAUGACGGAUCCGCGCUCCAGUACAGCUAUCUCCGUGCUCUGCUAGAGCCAGUGUUAGAUGGGACGACGACGAAGUCCACAUCACAGGAUCGGGACCUCGUGGAAAUGUAUGUGCGCCUCAUGUGCCAUCACGACCCGAGUCAUGUAUCCGAUUACAUUGGCUCUGUGCAGAACACUGAUUUGCGGCUUGACCAUCUUCUGCCAACCAUGGAGGAGACAAAUGUCAUCGAUGCCGCCGUGACACUGAUGGCGCGUGACGGCAAGGUUCAGGACGCCAUGGCCCGUUUGACCAAACAUUUGGGUACCUUGGAAUCGGCAUUACAUGGCAUACUCUCCUCGACGGAGGGGCACAGUGACGAGGACAGCCGGCAAGCUGCUGCUGAAGACAUUCUGAACACCAUGCAACGGUACACGCAUGUCGGUAUAUGGCUUUGCCAGGGCCAUAUGAAGUCUUCUAGGAAGUCCAAGGCGUUGGCAAAACGGCCCACCGCGACCGCGGAUAAGGAGCUCUCCAGCGACGAGAAGCUGUGGCUCGAGCUAAUUGAUGCUUCGGUCAAGAUCUCGCGCAGCUUGUCUCCAUAUCUGGAUAGCAGCAAGGCCGCGGAAGCGAAUGGGGAAGACUACUCUCACGUAUUUGACUCUGAGAAGCUGCUUACUCUGCUCAGGUCGCUUGUCCAGCACACUUUCACGGCGCUCUUAGCGGCUACCUCGACACAGGGCGUGGACUCCGGGGAUGCGAAGACCCGCGUGCUCAGCGGCUCAGGCCGAGGGAGUUCAACCUUCCUGCGCAUCCUGCGAGCAUUUCUGACCACCGCAGCCACCUCAUCACCCAGUCUUGCCGACCUUCGCCAGGUUUUGACCUCCAUCUUCUCAGCUUAUGCGUACGAGGAGAACAUUCUCCAGCUGUCCAACCGGCUGCUGGAGCAGCAACUCUUUGCGAACGUGAAGCAGGCUGUCGAGCUCCGCCAGCGCGGCUGGAGAUCAAGGGGCUCCACAUGCGAGGCGUGUGGCAGCAGAGUCUGGGGCCCGGGGGUGAGCGGUAACGUUUUCGAGGCGUGGGAGGAAAAGCAGGCCGUUGAGGAGCAGAAGCGUGCGGCCAAGCAGCUUGCCCUACGGUCGGCAACUGACCGGUGGAAGGGCGGCGGCGGUGGUGGUAAUGGUGGUGCGGAGGUCAACGACGGGCUAACCGGCAAGGGUAAAGGCAAGGGCAAGAGCACCGACGUCAGCAACGACUUGGUAGUGCGCCCUAAGGCACAAACAGAUGGCCUGAUGGGUCAGAACAACGAGGAAGACCCACGUGAUCCCUCAUCACAGGCGGUGGCUUCUGGUGGCCAAGAGCCCUCGCAAAAUCUGGGCCCGCUCGUGGUCCUGGCUUGCCGGCACAUAUAUCACCAGCGGUGCCUGGACAUGCUACAGGCAGGAUCCCCGAAGGGCGAUGGGAAUGGAGUUACCCCUGGCGAAGUCACAGAUGCUGCUGGAGGAGCAGAUUAUGCGGCUGCCAGGACGAUAGACGAUUAUGGCCGGGUCGUGGUGGCGUAUAGAUGUCCUAUUGACGGAUGA